CUAAGGCUAAGCUGUGGCAAACCCUAAGACCUGGACAAACGCACGCUGUUCCUCCGCCAGCGAUACAUAGCAGUGUCACACACAGUCUAUCAAGGGGGGAUCAAGGGCGCCAAGAACCUCCACCAGAUGUGCAGGUAGCUACCAAAAAGCAGUUGGCUUUAUCUCGCAAAGGCGUCCCUCCUGAGAGCAGAGAAUAUAACCCUGAUUUGCAGCGGUUUCCUCUGAAGGGGGUGGUUGAGGUGGGAUGGCGUCUCCAUCUACUCCAGGCCCCGUUCGACGGGGCAUUGUGGAGGCUCAAUUUGUCGAGGACGUGCACACGUUCAUGGAUGGGAAAGAAGGGGAUGCGGUCAUGAAACCACUACAGGAGAGGUACCAACAGUACAAGUUGCAAGAGCAAACGCUCACGAGCCGCCGUGCGCUUCUAGAGCAGAAGAUUCCAGAGCUGAAACGGAACCUGGCCAUCGUGAAUAAGCUACAAGAGCAGAAGGAGGCCGAGAAGGAAGCUGAAGUCGACUUCGAGCUGGCUGACCAGAUCUUUGCGAGGGCGACCAUCAAAGACCCGGAGUCAGUGUGCCUAUGGCUGGGGGCCAAUGUCAUGGUAGAAUACUCGCUGGAAGAGGCGAACCUUCUCCUUCAGCGGCAACUAGAGAAUGCUACUGCCAGCCUAGAGGCGGUAAUAGAGGACUUGCACUUCCUGCGGGAUCAAGUAACGACAACUGAGGUAACGCUUGCAAGGGUAUACAACCACGAAGUCAAGUUGCGGCGAGAAAGAAGAUUAGCAGAGGCAGCUCAAGCAGGGGAUGAUACGUAGUAAGAGCCGUCUGGGAUUAGCUUCGAGACGCUGCACCGGCGAUCUUUGGCCAUGUCCUCAGGUGGCUGCAACUUGUUUGGAGUGGGUUCUGACGGGCGAUCGCAACAUGUGCGUGACUAGCUGCUAGUCAGUUUCUUGUUCAUGAUUCAUAGCUGCACGCAUGGCUGUACAUCCGUGCAUGUCUCCAUGCCAAAUGCGCGCAUCUCAGUUUGCUCUUUAUCCAUG